CCCGCGCGCGUUUCCUGUUCCGGGGUCGGUAGUGUGCGCCGUGUGUGUUUAUGCGCUUGUGUGUGUGUGUGUGUGAUGAUGAUGAUGGCGGAGCUGGUGCAGGGACAGGCCUCGGUGGCUCAGACCGGGAUGAAGGACGGAUUCACGGACCCCUUCCACCGCGCGAGACAGAUUGCUAAGAUGGGAGGAGAGCAGAUGCAGCAUCUGAAUAACUCGUCUCCGGUCGUCGAUGCCUCGCUGUACGGCUAUGGAGGGCAGAAACGCUCGCUGGACGAAGGAGUGGCUAACCAGCUCGGUGCAAUGGUACAUGGUACAAGGGCUAUAAUAACAGAAGACUUCAAAGUGCCUGAUAAGAUGGUUGGAUUCAUCAUUGGACGAGGCGGUGAACAGAUCACAAGAAUUCAGCUGGAAUCCAACUGUAAGAUCCAGAUCGCUGGCGACAGCGGAGGUAUGAUGGAUAGGCCUUGCACCCUGACUGGGACCCCAGAAAGCAUUGAGCAGGCCAAGCGGUUGUUGGGGCAGAUCGUGGACCGGUGUCGGAACGGACCGGGCUUCCACACUCAGAUGGACGGGAACAGCGCUGUCCAAGAGAUCCUGAUCCCGGCCAGUAAAGUCGGCCUGGUCAUCGGGAAGGGAGGCGACACCAUCAAACAGCUGCAGGUUUGUUCAUUCUGGGAGAUGAUCAAGAAGAUCCAGAACGAUGCAGGAGUCAGGAUCCAGUUUAAGCCAGAUGACGGGAUGAGUCCGGACCGGAUCGCUCAGGUCAUGGGUCAGCCGGAUCGGUGUCAGCACGCGGUUCACCUCAUCAACGAUCUGGUCCAGACGGCACAGGAGCGCGAUGGGUUCGGAGGCCCGGUUGGACCCAGAGGUCGCGGCAGAGGUCGCGGGGAUUGGAGCAUGGGAUCUCCCGGAGGCCUGCAGGAAGUGACCUACACAAUACCAGCUGAUAAGUGCGGCCUCGUGAUCGGGAAAGGUGGAGAGACCAUAAAGAGCAUCAACCAGCAGUCUGGAGCUCAUGUGGAGCUGCAGAGAAAUCCUCCUCCGAACACCGACCCAAACGUGCGGAUCUUCUCCAUCCGUGGAUCUCCUCAGCAGAUGGAGAUGGCCAGACAGCUGAUCGACGAGAAGAUCGGGGCGUCUGGAAUGGGAGGAAGCAGCAGUUUUGGACUCAGUCCUUUCACCCAAGGGCCAGCGACUCCUCAUCAGAAUGGUCCGCAGACGUUCAUGACUGGAGGUUGGGGAACCACGUACCAGACAUGGCAGCCUCAGAGCCAGCAGGACCCCAGUCACAAUGCAUCUCAGACCGGCCAGAUGGACUAUUCCAAAGCGUGGGAGCAGUAUUAUAAAAAGCUAGGUCAACAGAACCAAGGCCAGAGCAGCGGCUCCGACUACAGCAAAGCAUGGGAGGAGUAUUACAAGAAACAGACUCAGGCCGCCGGUCCUGGAUCUCAGCAGAGCUCUCCUCCAGACUAUAGCGCCGCCUGGGUGGAGUAUUACAGACAGCAGGGGGCGUAUUAUGGCCAGGGACAGACGCAGGCUCCUGGCCUCCCGGUAAUAAACACACUCCACCAACACCAUCACCUUUAUAGAUAUAUAUCAUAUAAUGAUAUCAACAUACAAUACCGCUCAAAAGUGUGCAAGAAUUGAGAUGUU